AUGAAGCAUCAUCUUCUUUGUACUUUUUCAUCUUUCCUACUUCUCUUCUUAUUCAGUUAUAUUCCUAUCACUAGCCAGUUCCCAUUUGGUAGCAGCAGCAAACAAGCUUAUGAUCAUUCAAAUGUCACCUGUAUUGAAAGUGAGUGGCGUGUCCUUCUUCAACUCAAACAUGGGUUGAAAGAUGAAUCAAAUCGUCUGUUAUCUUGGAUCGGAGAAGGAUGUUGUUCAUGGGAAGGCAUUAGUUGCCAUAAAAUCACUGGUAGUGUUUUGAAACUUGAUCUGCGCAAUACGGUGCCACUCUAUUCUGAUGGUGAUUAUCAGUGCACAAAUUGCUUGGGAGGCCAAUUAAGUCCAUCUCUGGUCAAUUUGACCAAUUUGCGAUACUUGGACAUGAGCUCAAAUAAUUUUUCAGGAAUCCAAGUUCCUGCAUUCUUGGGAUUGUUGAAAAACUUGAGAUACCUCAAUCUCUCACAUGCAGGAUUUGAUGGUGAAAUUCCCCACCAUUUAGGAAACCUCUCGCAUAUACGGUAUUUGGAUCUUGGGUGGAAUUCAUUGAGCACUAAGGAUCUCGGGUGGGUUGCUGGGCUCUCUUCUCUAGAAGGCCUAGUCCUGUCCAAAUUGAACCUUACAGCCGCUCAAGAUGGGUUACAGUCCAUUAACAUGCUUCCUUCACUAACAAUACUAGACUUGUAUGGUUGUAAUCUUUUCAUCCAUCCUCAUCUUUCACAUGUCAAUUUCACAUCUCUUGCUUUCCUUAAUCUUGGUAAAAAUAAUUUCCACAACUACAUGGUCCCUCCUUGGCUCCGUAAUCUUACUGGCCUCCAUGAUCUUCGUCUUGGUUAUAAUAAUCUUUCUGAUCCAACUCAUGGCCUGUUUGACCAAAUGACCUCUCUAGUUCAUCUCGAUCUAUUUUUAAACCGCUUUGAUGCUUCAACGUUGAAAUCACUUUGUAAUGCAAGCAGUCUUACUUAUUUGGAUCUAAGUUAUAAUAAUUUGCAAGGGUCAAUACCACAUGAAAUAGGCCAGUUUCCAAAACUUACUAAUCUAUUAUUGUCCUCUAAUAAAUUAAAUGGUACCAUACCGACCAAUCUUUGGCAGCUGACGAAGCUACAAGAUUUUGACGUUGGAGACAAUUCAUUAACUGGGGUCCUAUCUGAAGACCAUUUUGCGAAACUCCGAGAGUUAAAGUCACUGGACCUAACUGGAAACUUCCUCGCUCUGAACGUGAGCUCCUCGUGGGUUCCUCCUUUUCAACUCCGACGAAUUCAGAUGGGAUGCAUCAUUGUGGGACCCAGGUUUCCAGCUUGGCUUCGGACGCAGAAUGAGCUUGAGGUGUUAUACAUGUGGAACGCGAGCAUUUCAGGUGCCAUACCCAGCUGGUUUCAAGUGGUUUGUGAUGAUAUUAUGAUAUUAGAUCUCUCCAGCAAUAAACUAACUGGAAAUCCUUUGGAGUUCAAACAAUUGAAGCAUACAUCAAGUCGUUAUGCUGUGAGAGAAAUAUUUCUAAGCUCCAACAAUUUGACUGGAUCUCUCAAAUCGUUUCCGUUGGAUAUUUCAUAUUUAGAUCUUUCACAAAAUUUUCUUACAGGACAUAUUCCGCAGCUUGAAGUUGGUCAAACUUCGGUUGUGUAUGCGCUAGGGUCUCUCUUUCUGAAUGAUAACCGUUUCACAGGUACUAUCCCUGAAGACUUGUGCAAGUUGAAAUAUUUAUAUUUUCUGGAUCUAUCCAACAAUCUUCUAUCCGGAAGAGUUCCUCUGUGUCUAGGAAACUUGCGAGACCUGCAGUUCCUAAACUUGGCAAAUAAUAGUCUAUCAGGUCAAAUUCCGAGUUCACUGGGUAACUUGCGGAGACUUUCUACUCUGCAUUUGAACGGAAAUAAAUUUGUUGGGAAGCUCCCUACCUCAAUGCAGCAUCUGAAAAACUUGCAAAUGCUUGAUCUCGGUGACAAUGGACUGAAGGACAUUAUGCCAGCUUGGAUUGGGGAAAGUUUAUCAAAUUUAAGGUUUCUAAGAUUUCAGUCAAAUAACUUCCAUGGACCUAUUGCCGAUACACUCUGCCAACUCUCACUUCUUCAAGUGCUAAACUUAGCACAUAAUAACUUGAGUGGAUUUAUUCCUCACUGCUUUAAUAACAUUACUGCCAUGGUAUCAGGGCUAUAUGGAGAUUACGCCAUUGAGGCACAAGCAAGCCUUCAAGACAUUAAGGGAGGAAGAGAAUUUGAGUACCUUCAAGGAAGCCUUCCGCUUGUUAAAUCCAUAAGCCUCUCAGCAAAUAAUUUAGUUGGCGAGAUCCCUGAUGGGGUAAUGGAACUGGUUCAAUUGCAAGUUUUGAAUCUUUCACAGAAUCAUUUGACCGAAAGGAUCCCGGAUAAGAUUGGUAACUUGAAGCAACUUGAAACACUGGAUCUAUCAAUGAAUGCACUCUUCGGUGCAAUCCCCGAAAGCUUAUCUGAUUUGUACUCAUUGAACUCUCUGAAUUUGUCACACAAUAAACUUUCAGGGCCAAUACCAUCAGGAAAUCAGCUUCAGACCUUGACCGAUCCAUCCAUCUAUGAAGGAAACAGUGGACUUUGUGGGAAACCGCUCCCAAACAACUGCUCGGAACACAAAUCGCCUACCAAAAAUGGGCCUAUUGAUGAUGAUGAAGGCCACGGCGAAUCUGAUUGGUCUUGGUUUUAUGCUGGAAUAGGACCGGGUUUUGCUGCCGGGCUGUCAGGAGUUUUGGGAAUCCUUCUCUUCAAGAAGUCAUGGCGCUAUGCAUACUUCAAGUUUAUAGAAAGUGCCUGUGACAAAAUCUGGGUAAAGACUACUCGCCCGAGGAGGAAUUUCCGUUGA